GUUUUUGAAGGGUUUCUCGAACGGUCACACUUAUCUGCAGGUAAAUAGAACCACACGCGCAAAAUGGCACAGAGCAAAUUGAAUGACUUGGCUGGCAAGCUGGGCAAAGGUGGUCCGCCGGGACUGGGAAUUGGAUUGAAGCUCCUGGCCGCAGUUGGAGCAGCUGCCUAUGGUGUCAGCCAGUCCUUGUAUACCGUCGAGGGUGGUCACCGGGCCAUCAUCUUCAGCCGCCUUGGUGGCAUCCAGAACGACAUUUACUCCGAGGGUCUGCAUGUGCGCAUCCCCUGGUUCCAGUACCCCAUCAUCUAUGACAUUCGCUCGCGUCCCCGCAAAAUUUCCUCGCCCACCGGCUCGAAGGAUCUGCAGAUGAUCAACAUCUCGCUCCGUGUCCUGUCGCGUCCGGAUUCCCUCAACCUUCCCUUCCUGCAUAAGCAGUUGGGCGUUGACUACGACGAGAAGGUGCUGCCCUCCAUUUGCAACGAAGUGCUCAAGAGUGUGAUUGCCAAGUUCAAUGCCUCGCAGCUGAUUACCCAGCGUCAGCAGGUCUCCCUGUUGAUUCGCAAGGAAUUGGUGGAGCGUGCCCGUGACUUCAACAUCAUCCUGGACGAUGUGUCCCUUACCGAGUUGAGCUUUGGCAAGGAGUACACCGCUGCUAUUGAAGCCAAACAGGUGGCCCAGCAGGAGGCCCAGCGUGCUGUGUUCUUCGUGGAGCGCGCCAAGCAGGAGAAACAGCAGAAGAUUGUCCAGGCCGAGGGAGAAGCCGAGGCUGCCAAAAUGUUAGGUCUGGCCGUGAAGCAGAACCCUGCCUACCUCAAGCUGCGCAAGUUGCGUGCCGCUCAAAGCAUUGCCCGAACGAUCGCCAGCUCACAGAACAAGGUCUACCUGUCGGCGGAUAGCUUGAUGUUGAACAUCCAGGACUCUGGCUUCGAUGACAUGACCGAGAAGGUUUACAAAAGUAAAUAGCUCUCGUUUUGAUACACAAAAAGAGUUUACUUUUAAGUUGAAAACAAACACCCAUUGUGCUUUUGGUUCGAUUCCCACAUUGGCCAAAACUUAGACAUAGCCUUUAAUAAUUGAGUAAUUUCUAACGCGUUUUCCUUCAACCAUCUCUCUCACUCUCUUUUUGCUACCGUAUUUGGUUUUGUUAACGUUUCUCUAUUCCAUCGCGCCACCCAGUACCCGACGACUUGGACUAGGAGGCGAGCCACAUUCGUUGUUAAUUAAUUCGUAUUGCACUGAAAACGGCAAAAUAUAAGAAAAGAAAACACCUUGAGCUAGAGCCUAAGUACCGUUUAGUUUUACACCACCCUCAAGCGGCGCGACGGCUUCAUUUUUUCACGAUCUGCUCCGAUAUGAGACCUUGCCGGCUGGGGACAGCUUCAUCCCACAUCCGCUCUCCGGGCGGCAAGCGGUCGGCGGCGUAGACCGUGAACCGAUGAGUCGGCGCGGGCAGAUGGCCGCAUAGCAUUUAACUUUCCCUGUCCCAUCAUCGAGAGUCAUAAAGAAAUAAAUGCGUACUGAUAACUGUCUA